CACCAAAAUUUUUGUACAUAGCUUAAUAUUGAUUUACUCAAAGAGGAAAAACGACCCCCGCGUCUAACAUAACAAGCCCGAAGCGCAGAGGGAGAUAUAGUAGUAGUAACGACAGUCCAGUCCUUUCAUUCAGCCAGUCCUUGUCGGGGCACAAAACUCAAGGUUCUUCUGCAAAACAAAUUUGUCGCUUGGGCUACAAGAACGUGUGCGUGUGUGAUUUCGAGUGAAAGUGCCAUAUAGUCUGAGCAGCAAUCAGUUUCUGUUUCUUCUUCCAGUCGCUGGCAGAGCCUCAUCAGUAGUAGCAGCAGCACCACAACCACCACUACCAUAAAAUCUAGUGUCCGCCCCCGCAAAUUGAAAAGUGCACGCCGCCAAACCCGCGUCGUUGACAUUGAACCACUGACGGUAGACAGACGAUACACAGAGAAGGCAACGCGAUGGCUUUCGCCGGACUGAAGAAGCAGAUCAACAAGGCGAAUCAAUAUGUGACCGAAAAGAUGGGCGGUGCAGAGGGCACCAAGCUGGAUUUGGAUUUUGUGGAUAUGGAGCGAAAGACGGAUGUCACCGUUGAGCUGGUGGAGGAGCUGCAGUUGAAGACGAAGGAGUUCCUGCAGCCCAAUCCCACGGCGCGCGCUAAAAUGGCAGCUGUCAAGGGCAUCUCAAAGCUGUCGGGACAGGCCAAAUCGAAUACGUAUCCACAGCCGGAGGGCCUGUUGGCUGAAUGUAUGUUGACUUAUGGUAAGAAGCUCGGCGAGGACAACAGCGUGUUUGCGCAAGCGCUCGUCGAGUUUGGCGAAGCGUUGAAACAAAUGGCCGACGUCAAGUAUUCGCUGGACGACAACAUCAAGCAGAACUUUUUGGAGCCGCUGCAUCAUAUGCAGACGAAAGACCUCAAGGAGGUCAUGCACCAUCGUAAGAAGCUGCAGGGCCGGCGUCUCGACUUUGAUUGUAAGCGUCGCCGGCAGGCCAAGGAUGAUGAAAUUCGUGGUGCUGAGGAUAAGUUUGCCGAAUCAUUGCAAUUGGCGCAGAUUAGCAUGUACAAUCUGUUGGAGAAUGACACUGAGCAUGUAUCACAGCUCGUCACCUUUGCCGAAGCACUUUACGAUUUUCACUCACAAUGCGCAGACGUGCUGCGCGGCCUGCAGGAGACACUGCAAGAGAAGCGCGCCGAGGCAGAGAGCCGGCCACGCAAUGAAUUUGUCCCCAAGACACUGCUCGAUCUGAACUUGGACGGCGGCGGUGGCGGCGGCCUCAAUGAUGACGGCACGCCGUCCCACAUAAGCUCGAGCGCCUCGCCGUUGCCCUCGCCGAUGCGCUCGCCCGCCAAGUCAAUGGCCGUUACACCAUCGCGCCAGCAACAGCCCUGCUGUCAAGCGCUCUACGACUUUGAUCCGGAGAAUCCCGGUGAAUUGGGCUUCAAAGAGAACGAUAUCAUAACGCUGCUAAAUCGCGUCGACGACAAUUGGUAUGAGGGUGCCGUCAAUGGGCGAACCGGUUACUUCCCGCAGUCGUAUGUGCAGGUCCAGGUUCCUCUGCCCAAUGGCAACUAAGUGUAAUCUAACUGUAACUGAAUGAAUGUUGGUUUCGCCGUCUCAUGUACGGCGUGCAGUUUGGCAACAGCACAUAACACAUAAAAACAAAAAAACAUAUAGUGGGCAUUAAAGAAAAAGUAGUUGGGUUAAGUUGACGACGAUUUAGAAUGGUUUAGAGUUACGGUUACGGCUUAGCUAGAGCACAGCACAUUCACGUGGCCAUAAAGCGAUUGAUAAUGCGCAAAAUUUCAAGCAGUUGCAGGCGAAAGAAACAAAAAAAAAA